AAUAUGACCCAAUAAAAAAUGAACCAUGCGGACGAUUUUCCGUCAAAUAAUGAGAUGGUCAAUCAGUCACCAGCCGUCAUUCCAAAGCAGACGAUUUUUAAUGGAUAACCAAUUACUAAAAAUGAAUAAAUAUUUUAUGAGAUGCGAGGAAUAUCAAAGAAAAUAUGAUGCGGUUUCAAAAAAGACUUUUGUGUUGAAGAUGUCAAAUAAAAUGAAAAGUGGAGAAAGUAUAAGUCAUGAUGAUCUACAGACCAUGAUCCAUUUAGUUCAGUCCCCCAGGGAAAUUAAUCUUUGUGUGGAUAUGGCUAGAAGAUAUCAAACAGCAAAGGUUAAUGCAUCUGAAAACAGCAAAGUUUGUCCACCAGUGAAUCACCAACUAGCAACAAUUCAAUCACCUGUUAAUAAGGAAACUGCCAAAAUUCAUCCACCUGUAGAAAAUCAACCAGCCAUGUUUCUAGCACCUAAAAUUCACCAAACUUCAAAGGUUCAUGCUCCUGUAAAUCACCAAACAUCCAAGGUUUAUACACAUGUAAAACAUCAUACAGCAAAGGUUCAUGUGCUUGCAAACCAUCAAAAUAACGAAGUUCGUUCUCCUGGUAACAACAAUUAUUGCAAGGUUUCUUCAUUUUCUAAUCACCAACUUGCCAAUGAUCAUACAUCCAUAACUGAUGAAACUGGUAAUGUUCCUAAUCCAGCAAAGUACCAGAAUGGCAAGUUGGACAUUGGACCACAGUUCAUGAGGAUGUUGCAUCAUUUUAAGAAAGCAUAUAUUGCAAUUAUGUUUAUGGAAGAUAGGUCCACCAUGAGGAACUUUCUGUAUAACAACUCUGUGAUUGAUGUGUAUAUGGAUCUUCUAUUCAAGACAGGAGAAUAUGAGAAAGUUGUGAAAACCUAUGAAGAAAUAGAUUAUUUUAAUGAACAAAAACUUACAAAUCAUAUGACACUGGUCAUGGCAGCUUUAUAUAAUUUAAAUACACAGGAAGCUUUGGAGAAAGCUGUUGAAAUCAUACGUGACAAAUAUUUACAGGAUAUAACUGUGACACCACCAAAGGCACGAGCAUUUGCUGCAGCUUUAGCAUUAAGACAGGAUGAUCCUAAUCUGGCAUUGAAUAUUCUACAGCUUGGUUCUGAAAGUCAUUCCAUAAAUAAUAUAAACUCAGCUAUAAGAGUUAUGGCACUUGCGAAAUUAGACAAAGUUCAUGAAGCAUUUCAAAUGUUAGAUUUGUUCCAUAAUCAGAUAGGUGGAACCUAUAAAAAGCCAAUUAGAAUAUACCCAGAAUGUCUGAAUGCAUUGAAUGAUAUGGUCAAAAGAAAUAGUGAUCCAGAAAUUCUAGAGAAAUUUACACAAAUGAAAAAUAAUUUACGACAAGCUGGACUAAUAAACUGUGUUCCAUUAUUUCAAAAACUUUCACAUACUCUAUAUAGUAAUCCUCCUAAUAUAUGCAAAUGUGAAUUAAAUGAAUAUUUUACAUCUGAUAGAUGUAACCCGGUGUAUAAAAUAAAAGUGCCAUAAAUCA